AUGGCGCCCGCGCGUGCGCAGAACACGGGGGCGGGGCCGGCGCCGGCGCGGACCCGGAAGUCGGGCGGCGGGGGCGGGGCCGGGGGCGGGGCGGAGCUCCCCCAGCACGCGGACCCCCGGCCUCCGCCUGUGCCGCAGUCGCUGAGCUGGGCAGCCGUCCGCGUGCCGUGGGGGCUCCCGGCGGCCCGCCGCCCCCGCCCGCCCCGCCGCCCACGCCGCCCCCUCCGCGAGCCGCCCGCCGCUCCUGCCUCGCGGGUCCCUGGGCGGCAGCGCGGCCUGUGGUCCUGGGCGGCGAGGCUGGGACUCUGCGCGGGCGCUGAGCGUCCUCCCUCCUGGGGGACCUCCGAGGCGGCGCGGACGCCCUGCCUGCCCCCCGCCCCCCGCCUCCCGCCCGCAGCCUCCCGCGCGCUCGGGGUUCCAGGGCGUGAAGGCACCGGAGGCUUGAUCCUCUCCCAUCCCAGGGUUCCCCUCCUGGCUGGAGGCCCCGCCCCGAGUCUGGCUGCACCUGUGACCGCAGAAGUGACCUCCUAAGGCUUCCAGCGGUCGGUCAGAG